AUGGCUGCAGCAACAGCAACCGUUCUGCCACCGGCAACGGAUUUCAUCAGCAUGGACCACCGCUCAGCUGAGCCGCAUCGAUUGCCGCCAGCUUCGCUUGUAGACGCAAACUUGGCCAACGGUAGGCCGCUGCGUUCGCCAAAAUCGGUCCCUUCUCCCUCAACACCAACAUCACCCUUUCGUCUCCGAGGCACGCCGCACUCGCCUUCCAUCCCACAUCGUCGGGUCUACAAUAUCGAUGACGAAUCCGCUUCCAACACCUCCCAUUCUACUGCCUCCGAAUCGCUUUCAACUGCUUCCUCCUCCAUCACUCCAUCCCAAUCUGCUUCGAAUGUCGUAGCUCCUCCCUCACCUGUUCGACUAAGCGCGCCUCUGCCCCGCUCAAGUACCGCCUCGCCUUCCCGUCCACUAGCCCGCAAAAAGUCGGCAGAGAGCAGGAACAAAGCCGCUCGCAACCAGCACCUCACCAAUCUCGAGGCGGCAUCGCUCUCCACUCCCGAGCUCCAUCUAGCUUCGGACCCAAUGCUCGACACCCAGGAGCCAUCGUUCCUCCGCAAGCUCGUCAAAGGCUCUCGUACCCAGUCGCACGAUGCAAUGUCUGGCACAGGCAGCGAAGCGGAGACCUCGGCUCAGGUCCGCAACGGCAGCACCUCGCCACGCACACCUGUUCAGAACGGAUUCGCCUUCUCCAGCUUUGGUGCCGCCAUGAGCGCCGUCGACUUGCACCAAGACGGUACACAGACUCGUGCGCGUCCACAGGAACAUCGUUCACGCAAGCAGAGCACCGCAACGCUGCGCAGCGCUGAUUCCGAAGCAGCAUCCUCCUCCUGGGGCAUGCACAACCUGAGCACCGACACGCUCAGCCCGCCCAAGGAUCCCAACUCGCCCCCGUCUCCCACCAAGUCUGAACCCAAGCCGUCUUCCGGCACCUGGUUCAGGCGCAAUCGCAAGGAGGCCGAAUCUCCCCGCAAAGCCACCGACGAUGCCGCAACUCAGCUUUCGAUGCAGCCGAGCCAGACGAGUGCUGCUACAGCGGGGUCUGGCACCACACUACUGUCUGGGAGCAAUCUCACCACGGUUUCAUCGGCCAGCAACGCUUCUUUCGGCAUGUCCGACCUAGCUUCGCCCCAGGCCGCACUCGAAAGCAUCCGAAAGGCGCGCUCCUUUAUGAUCCGCGAGCUAGGUCGUACCGCAGAACCAGAGGACGGUCUCGACAAACAGCGCAUCUCUGCUCUCGUGCAGCAGAUGAAUGUUGAGGUGCAUGAUCCAAGCAUCGAAGCGGCCAAUUUCUGGACCAGCAUCGCAGAUGGUGUUCUCCUGUGCCUGCUCGCCAAUCGUCUCAGGCCCGGAAGCGUCCAUCGCAUCGAUCGCAGAGACCUCGAGUGGGUCAAGGCGGACAACACGUCGAGAUUCUUGCGAGCAGCGCGCGAUCACCUCGGACUGCGCUCCAAGGAUCUGUUUCAAGGCUUCGAUCUUACCGACGGCACCGUAGAGGGUCUGCUCCGCGUCGUUCACACGCUCCAAGCCGCAGAAAGGAUGGCCAGGCGUAGCUCCAAGAUGUCGUCUGCACGUGCAAACGCCGUCAAGAUCGAGCCCAGGACCACCUCGAUGACUCCCCCCUCGACUCCACGCGCUCAGGAUCGAAAGAUGCUCUCGGCGGGAAGCGGUGACCUCGACCGUAUCGACAAUAGUUCUGAGCUCUCGUUGAACCAAGAUACCCCCAAGAGGACCGUGCUCACCAUCCAGCAGAACAGACGCGAGGCAGAACGCAUCCUCAUGGGCAAAUCUGACUCCAAAGAAUUCAAACGCCGCUCUAUCGAGUUGGGCUAUCCCAAGGUCAAGAGCUCCUCCAUUACUUUUGCCGACUCGGUCAAGCAGGGCAGCUACAGCGGGGAUGAAGACGGUCGAAUGCCCUAUCGCGAUCGCAAAUUGAGCGAAUCUGCCAUCAGCUUGACGGGUGUGGCCGAGGAGCCGGAGGACGGGGUCGUGCCUAACAGCGACCACAUGCCCACCGCAGAGUCCUUCUCCAGCACUCAAUCCGUAGCGUCGGAGCUCAUUCAUGACAGGAGAGGCAGCAGCGAAUCGGAAAAAUCCAUCAAGCAUUUUGCAGUCAAGCCGCCGCCGCUGGCUCGUAGCACAUCGCAGAAGCGCAUCAGUCAGGAGCUGGCGCUCGGUCAAUUUCCCAGAGCCGUGAUCGGUUCAACGGAGAACCUCGGCGAUUACAUGUCUUCCUCGGGUAGCCCCACCCACAAUGCUCCCACCAGGCGACACAGCGCCCGACUCUACCCUGGUCCGUCGCUGCUCAACCCUUCGCGCGAGUCCUUGCUCAACAUUGGCGCUGCCGAGUCAGAUGCGUCACCGUCGGCUCGGGUGCCCUUCCCGCGCGGUGCUAACGACUCUCCUGGCGCUCGCAGAAUGGCACGUCACAUCUCGAUGAACGCAGGAGGAGGGAUCGACACGUUUUCGCUCGCAUCUGGCCCAUCGACCGCAACAAAUGGCAGCAGCAACUCGCCUAAAGCCAGCUCCCGACCCCAGUUCCGUCACAUGCGUUACUCUUCUGACCUUCAGCUACCAAUGAUGGGUCGACCCAUGUCCAUCGGCGCUCGAUCGCCCGACGCUUCCGUGGAUGAGCGUUCUUACAUUUCCACCUCGCGUAGCCGUUUUGAUUCGGAGAUUGGCUCUAUCUACACCAACACGCUCGGCAGUCUCACCACCGACGAAAAUGGCUCAGCAGUGACAAGGGCAGGCCGCGAUGCCACCGGUCCCAAGCACAAGAUCGUUGUUGCCGAAGAAGGCAAGCCCAACGUCACGUACCAGUUGGGCAACUGCAUCGGUCGAGGCCAGUUCGGGUCCGUCUACCGCGCGUUGAAUCUCAAUUCGGGCCAGAUGGUGGCAGUCAAGAGGAUCAAGCUCGAGGGCCGUAGCGAUGACGAGGUGACCGAGCUUAUGGGCGAGGUCGACCUUCUCAAGAGUCUCACCCACCCGAGCGUGGUCAAGUACGAAGGCCUUGUGCGUGGACCCGACGUCGUCUCCAUCAUCCUGGAAUACGUCGAAAAUGGCUCGCUCUUGCACACGCUCAAAGCUUUCGGCAAUUUCCCUGAAAAGCUCGUGGCAAGCUACGUGGUCAAGAUUCUCGAGGGCCUCAAUUAUCUGCACGAGCAGAACGUCGUACAUUGCGACCUGAAAGCUGCUAACAUCUUGACCACCAAGAACGGUAACGUCAAGCUAUCUGAUUUCGGUGUGUCGCUCAACCUCAAAGCAGUCAAGAAGAUGGGCAACAAGAACGAUGCGAUCGGCACACCGAACUGGAUGGCUCCAGAGGUCAUCGAGCUCAAAGGCGUAACCACGGCUGCCGACAUUUGGUCACUCGGCUGCACCAUCAUCGAGCUGCUGACCGGCAAACCUCCUUACUACGACAUGCUCGCCAUGUCAGCCAUGUUCCGAAUCGUCGAAGACGACUGCCCGCCCAUUCCCGAAAAGUGCACGGAUGCCCUUCGUGACCUACUGAAGCAAUGCUUCAACAAGGAUCCCACCAAACGCCCGAGUGCCGAGAUGCUUUUUGAGCACGAAUGGAUGCAGCAGGUCUGGAACGGUCACAAGGAGCUGCGACCGCAAGACAGCGUUCCUUUCUUGCGUCGCAUCAGCGCUGAUACCCGUCGCCUCGACCCUCGCAUUUUUGAGGAUGGCUCCAGAGCCCUGCAACCUACGAUGGAAAGAUCUACCUCAUCGCCGCCUCCGACCCUGCAACGUCCUGAGCUCGAGGCGCUCCGUGCCAACACCUCUCCCCCCGAGUCUUCAGUGGCCACAGUCACCGAGACCAUCAAUGGUGUGUCUCCCGGGACCUCUCCGCGGACGAGCUCGAACGCCCUGCCUGCGCUUGAUCCAUCGAUCAGCUCUCCGGCCCAGACGCCCAUGCCAAUUCCCGGUAGCCCGACGGUGCUUUCGCCUGCGGGUGAGACCUCGAUGCUUGACCUUGGUCUAAUGGCGGAUGAGGAAGCAAAGCCGCAUGCGUUCGUCAAGAGCACGUUCAGUAAGGCUGUCGUGUGCAAGAUCUGCCGCGAGCCGGUCAAGAAGCACGCCGUUCUGUGCGAAGAAUGCGGUCUCGUAUGCCAUGCGAGAUGCGCAGUGCAUGCACCUUCACCGUGCAAUCUGCGUGCUCAGUUGCUGUUGUUCCAGCACAGAGCAUCUCUAGACCAGACAAGCCCGGUGUCGUCAGCAGCGCAACUGUCGCCCGUUUCGCCCGUGCUGGGCAGCUCCGUGCCAAACGGCGCAGCUCCGAUUAAUUUCCGCUUCCCCUUUGGCAUGAAGCGUCAGCCCAAGUCGCCCACGGUGGAGUCGCAGCCGCAGCUGAGCUUGAGCACGUCUGCGAGUCCGGAAAACGAUGCCAAGUCGCCGCCAUCUCCUCCGACUGGUGUGCUCGGCGGCAAGCCGGCCAAGGACCAUGCUGCUGUGCGCAGGCGUCGCAUCUCGUUGAUUCCUGGCCGACAACGUUCGCCGUCGCCACCGCCUCUCGAGAACACCGAGGCGACGAUGCGAAGCCCGUACGGUAAUGGAGCGCUGCACGGAGUGAGGAGACACAGCUCGAUGAGCUACGGCAGCAUCAGUGGUGCCAGCAGCAUCUCGAGUGCCGGUGGCCUGCAUCUCGGUCACUCGAGUUCUCGAGGAUCGUCUGCUCAGCAGCAUCAGCCGCUGGCUCAGCAAGCUCAGCAGCAACAACCGUAUGCACACUUGGGCAUGUCGACACCGGUGUUGGCAGCGGAGCAGUUGCACAAUGUGUCGACCAAGGAACGCUUCCGGCGACGACUCAGUUCUGGAGUCGUCAACGGCGCGUCGGAAGUAACGCCAUCUGCAAAGAGGAUCAGCAAGGCGGGCCUGGCCACGGGCCAGGCGACACCAACGCCUCAGUCUGCGAUGGAACGCAAAAAGUCUCGUCGCGCUUCGUCCAAGACCGAUUGCAUCAUCAUGUGA